CUCGGCACACUUCCUGCUCUCGCUGUAGUUCCAUCAGUCAGUCAGUGAAUCCGUGAGUCCGGCAGCGGGAGUGCAGAGGAGGGAUGGCGGAGAAGAGCCCUGACCCGAGCGGCUCUAAUGGUCGGCGGUGUCCCGCUCCUUCUCCCGGAGAGAGGCUGCAGGCGUCCGGAAGCGGCUCUUCCAAAUGGGUUCGUCUGAACGUCGGCGGCACGUACUUUCUGACGACGAGGCAAACGCUGUGUAGAGACCCGAAAUCUUUCCUGUACCGCCUGUGCCAGGCCGACCCCGACCUCGACUCUGACAAGGAUGAAACGGGUGCUUAUUUGAUAGACCGAGAUCCCACUUAUUUUGGUCCAGUGCUCAACUAUUUGAGACAUGGGAAGCUGGUGCUAAACAGAGGCCUGGCAGAGGAAGGUGUGCUGGAAGAGGCUGAAUUCUACAAUAUCACUUCACUGAUUAAACUGGUCAAAGACAAAAUCAGGGAGAGGGAUUGUAAGACCGCCCAGCUUCCAGUAAAGCACGUCUACAGAGUCCUGCAGUGUCAGGAAGAGGAACUGACUCAGAUGGUCUCCACCAUGUCAGAUGGCUGGAAGUUUGAACAGCUGGUGAGCAUCGGCUCUUCAUACAACUACGGAAACGAGGAUCAGGCCGAGUUCCUCUGCGUGGUCUCCAAGGAGCUGCACAAUCAGUCAUACGGCACAAACAGCGAGCCCAGUGAAAAGGCCAAGAUUCUUCAAGAACAAGGCUCUCGAAUGUGAAACAGCUUGUGUUUUAUGGCCUCGGGAUCUCCAGCAGUUGCCGGGCAAGAAAAGAAAAAAAAAAAACGACCCACCACCAUAUCACACUGAGAGAGAAUAUUCAAGUCAAGCGGAAUGACAACCUAUUUGGAAUGGAUGUUCUGUUUUGUUUUAAAUUAAUUGACACUUGUUUGUGCCUGCACAGCUUGACCGGACUGUUGAUUUUUAUUUUUUUUUUGACAUUGGCGGAUUUUUUCCGAAACGUUAUUUUUGUCUGGAAGGUAGGAAUAUGCAUGUCCUUUUAGUAAGGCUCAAUCACGUCUGGUCCAAUCAUGUUUACUCAGGGUCUCUUUAUCGACUUUCACAAAAUGUUUAUCAUGCCGUUUGUGGUCCAAUGAGCAAUUUUGUCCGGGGAAAAAAAGGAAAACAAUUAUAUUUACAAAUGUAUAAAAUGCCGGAAAGUUAAACCUCGUCGUUAAAAAUCGUAAUUAUGAGAGUUGAGUUACAAAAAAAAAAAAAAAAAGUAUUUUGAGAUUGAGAAUUCAUUCUAAAUAGUGGCUUGCGUGUACUGUUGACUGGUGAGGGAUUGGCGGGGUUUUUUUUUAUAGCAAAGAUUUGCUUUAGCAUGUUGGUAAUAACAGAUGAGACUGAUCUUUUUUUUUUUUUUUUUAUUGCAUAGUGUUAGAUAUUAUGCCAGAAGGGUGAACGAACAUCUUCAACAGUUUGCCUCAAAGCUUCCUCCCGUUUGGUGAGGUUUGACUGUUGCUGCCUUCAAUUGGCUGAUGAGAACAGAAAAUGUUUGUCUUCCAUCCCCACGUGUUCAUUCCACAUGGACUUUGCUUAAACUGGAACUAUUUGAAUGCCUUUUUGUGGGGGAGGGGUUGAUAAACAACAUACCUGACACUGUUGACUAAUGAAACGUGUUAAAUUCGCAACAGAUGGUAUUGGUUAAUUGGAGAGCAUUCACGGGUUAUUUCGCCGCUUCUGUCUUCAUUUAAUCAUCCUCGUGUCAUUCCAUGACCUGAAGACAUUUUGUUGAUGUUCAACAGAUCACUGAAGAAGAAGAACUGCUAAAACUGUGGUCCUUGAUGAGAAAUACAAUGCACGUCAAUGGUUCUCGGUAAUUUCAGAGUCCAAAAAACAGGAUGCAGAUAAAACAAAGUUAAAGUCAUUAAGCGGAGAAGAAGGUGAACAUUUUUUACAGCAUUGUUAUCUUUAAUCUAUAAUAAGCAGGGGUGGCACGGUGGCUCAGUGGUUAGCACUGUCACCUUACAGAAAGAUGGUCUCUGAUUCGGGUCCCCACUGGGUCAGUUGGCGUUUCGGUGUGGAUUUUGCAUGUUCUCCCUCUGUUCACGUGGGUUUCCUCCGGGUGCUCCGGUUUCCCCCACAGUCCAAAGACAUGUGGUAUAGGUGAAUUGGGCAAACUAAAUUAACCGUAGUGUGUGAAUGGGUGUUUCCCAGUACUGGGUUACAGCUGGAAGGGCAUACACUCUUUAAGACAUAUGUCGGAAUUCAUUCAUGAUAAAUAAGGGACUAAGCUGAAGGAAAACUAAUGAAUGAAUUUAAUAAGAAGGGGUGUAACAGUUAACAAAAUUCAGUGUCUGAUUUGAUAUCAUGAUUUAAGGCUGGUUUAUACAUCUACGUCAAUCGAUCGCCAUGACGCCUGCCUUGCACGUAGCCGUGCAUGUAUACUUUUAUGUUGCUCUGGAAUAACACUUCCGAAACGCUAUGUUCCUCUGACGAGUUUCUUUGUGGGUGUUUUGUUGCUAACUUAAUGUACAAGUACCUAAAACUUGCUCAUUCAGAGGCAGGAACUGGCAGAUGUGCAACAAUUUGAUCAUAAGGUAAAUACAAACAGAAGUUUUGCCCACAGUCAUCACAGCUACCAAGCUGACCAAUCACAAAGCUUGCGUUACGCAUCGUUUCCACUUGUAGUUACUUUCUUGAGAAGUUCGAAUCAGCGUCAGCAACGGUGAGGGUAUGCGACCGCCCGAAGGCUGUGCCAGAGCCUACGCGUGCGCUUAAGGCAGAAGUAUAAAUCAGCCUUUAGUAUGUUUUUGAUACGGCUAAAAGACAUCGAUUUCCUCAAUGUUUUUGGGGGUCAUUUUUUAUUAAAACUAAGAUCAUUAAGCAUGACCUUAUUUUGUACUUUCAUAGCAGCAUAUAAAACAGCUCUUUUAGUUUUAGUAGUAAUAAAUAAAAAACAAAUACACAGAAAAAAUAUAUAUAUAUAUAUUUAAGUACAUGGAACUCUGUGUUUUGUGCAUGAUAUGAAAAUCUCACCUGCAGCGGAAAACUUGUGCUUUUUUUUUUUCCCUUCGCUCUUUGUUUUAGAACGUUCUCUUCAUUUGCCUAUGAGUAAAUAACUAGAAGUAAUAAAUGACUGUAAACGGUCAAAGUACUUGUUUAUGAAAGUACAUACAGAGUUUAAAUCUAAUAUGAAAGUACAAGUUUGCAGCAUCAAGCAGCAUAACAAGCUGUUUUUUUUUUUCUAUUUAACAGCUAAAAAUAAAUGGAAGUAAAUGUGAAAGACUCCAGGCAAUAAAGUUCCAAUGGCUGCAACCACUCGUACGUGAAAGGCAGUCAGGAAUUACUGUCUGUCUGGGAAAUGGGCUUGGGAAGAUAUAGUGUAAGGGGCCAUUCACACAGAACACAUCUUUGUGUCUAAAAACACAUGACACAUUGCUUAGAAAAGUGUUUUUUUUUUUUUGUGCUCCUCCAUGUUGCCAUCAAAUAAAACAGUCACGCCAGCUUGUAACUGUAAACAGGAGCUCACAAAACUUGCCCCACCUCUGAGUAUUUCUGAUUGGUUCACUGCUUCGGAACGGUCAUUGAUGAGCUCUACUGCCUGUAAAAACUUCUAAUGGCGUCUUAAAAACAUGACGCUCAUUUGAUGCGAGACACAAAUGUGUGUGAGACCGUGAUGUGCAUUUCUUUCACACACUUCAAGCUCUUUUAGAAUUCUGUUUGUAAUUCACACCAAACUAAAAGUUCAAUAUCAAUGUGUGUAUUGUUACACCCCUUCGUAAUUACAUCUGCACUGACGAUGUUUUGUUCUGCCUACUUUUUAGACACUCGAGAGAAAAGUUGAAUAGCAUAACACGAAUCUCCAAAUACCACAGUUUCAGCUACAAAUCUUCUUUAAUGCUCUACUGAAGGAAUAAAAAUGUGCUGAGGAUCAGUGAAUCGACAGCAUUUUUGGGGGCGAAACUCCCUUUAAGGCAAGGCAAGGCCACAAAGACAUAGAGUCUGAUUUGUUUGGGCAAUACCAUUGAGAACAAUGCUUUAUUUACAUGACAGCGACUGUUAAUCAGUAGUGUUGUAGGGCUUAUCGCGUUCACGCUUUGAGACGGAGACUGAACUUUUAGAAGAGUGACACAUUAACAACGUUUUUGCAUUGCAUCGGUUUAGCUUUAUAAAAUUUGAACGUUUAUUCCACGUAUACAUUGUCCAGUUGUUUAUUUAAAAAGAAAAACCAUUUUAUUUUUGACAAUGUUGCCUUUAAUGAACCUCCACAAGAUCUGAAAUUGAUUUGGAAUUGUGGUCAGGGAAAUAACACAUCACUUUUGCUAGGCUACAAGCAUAUCUAAUCAACAUCUUGUAUAUAAUCUAAAGAGCAUCAUAUUCAACGCAUGUUAUUUUUCCUAAUCCUCUCUUACACACACACACACACACACACAAAGGGCUUUUACUAUUGGAAUUGAAGCUAUAAUUUUUUGCCGAGAUUCGAAUCUCAUAAUAUUGCCUGAUCAAGGCAGAGUUUACAUGGCUAGUGUUUUAUAAACAACAAUACUACACGUUUACUUACCUUGACUUAUGUGACGCCACAUUCUAGUUUGGUUUCAAGACCUGUAUGUUUACAUAUCUUCUUCGAUUUACCUAGUUAGUUACUGUCAACCUUGUGUCUUAGCAGCUAGAGAUCGGCAUCAGUCGGAGCGUUAAGUUGCUCGCCCGCCGUGUCUGAAUGGUGAAAUUGAGGCUCCACAGUGCAUGAUGUCCCGCACUGAAAAUGCCCAUCGUUCACUGCUGACGUCCAGGCUGUGACACUGGAGACUGCUGGUCAUCACUGUGUCGGGUGCUGAAGCCCUUAAAUUAGCUUUUUUAAAAUUAUUAUUUAUUUUAUACAUGUCGUCUGCGUCCGCAGAUUUUGGUGGAGAUCGCCGUUUAUCAUCUCCAUUACGUCUGCUGGACUCGGUCAGCCAUGUUUUUUACAUUUCAGUAGCCCGUUUACAUAAACUCGUUUCUGAUGGGCACCAGUUGUUUUGUUUGUAUUCCUGAAGCAGGCGUCUGAUAUCCUGCGUUAGAUUACUUUUUCUUUUGUUCUAAAUUUUAAGCGUGCAAUCUGCAAAACGUAUUUUGAAAAUGGGCAGAAGCAAACUGAAACGUCUUUUGCUCCACUUUGGUCACUGCUGUUCCUAUACUUAUUCUAUAACAUGUUUUUGUAUUUGUAUUUUUUUUAUGCUUACAAUUUGUGUAUUCACAUAGUAUAUUAUAUUAUAUUAUAUUAUAUUAUAUUAUAUAUAUGUAAUUGCAAGUUACGACUGGGGAAAAAUGUAUAUGAUGGUAAUGCUAGAACCUGGUCAAACUAAAUAAACACUUUUGAAUUCUGAAA